AUGACUCAGCAAGAUAAUAUACCAACCUUUAAAUGUGUUUUGGCCGGCGAUGGUGGUACCGGAAAAACCACAUAUGUAAAGCGUCAUAUGACUGGCGAAUUUGAAAGAAAGUAUGUAGCUACGCUAGGUGUGGAAAUUCAUCCACUCGUAUUUCAUACGAAUCGUGGAGCGAUCCUUUUCAAUGUAUGGGAUACGGCUGGACAGGAGAAGUUCGGUGGUCUACGUGACGGUUACUACGUUCAGGGGCAAUGCGCCAUUCUCAUGUUUGAUACAACGUCGCGAGUAACAUACACAAACAUACCCAGCUGGCACAGGGACUUGGUUCGCGUUUGUCAAAAUAUCCCAAUAGUUUUAUGCGGCAGCAAGGUGGAUAUAAAGGAUCGAAAAGUGAGAGCCAGAAGUAUUACGUUCCAUCGAAAGAUGAAUUUGCAAUACUACGAUAUAUCUGCUAAAUCAAAUUACAACUUCGAGAAGCCUUUCUUAUGGUUGGCACGUAAAUUAGUAGGCGAUCCCAAUUUGCAAUUUAUCGCCAUGCCAGCGCUAUUGCCGCCUGAAAUCAAAAUGGACAGUAAUUGGCAACAGCAGGUUGAAAAAGAAUUGCAAGAGGCGCAAGAAACAGCAUUGCCCGUCGACGAGGGGGACAUUUAA